AUGACUACCAUGAAACCGCUCGUCUCGAACCGAAGUAUCGUCACACGACUCAUCAACGCCACACGGUCCAAAGCCAUCGGCGGUCAAGGCGGCCGCGUCCAAGACGACAUACCCAUCCCCAGCAUCACUCCCAACGAAAUCCUCGUCAAAGUCAAGGCUGUAGCCCUCAACCCCACCGACUUCAAGCAUCUCGAUAUUAUCUCUCCACCCAACUCCAUCAUCGGAUGCGAUUACGCCGGUGUCGUUCACCAAGUAGGAGAUUCUGUCAAGGAUAGAUGGAAAAUUGGCGAUCGUGUUGCUGGCGCUGUGCAUGGAGGGUUGUAUCCUGACAAGGGUGCAUUCGCAGAGUAUUUAAAGAUCGACGCGGAUGUGGCGUGGAAAGUCCCGGAACACAUCAGCGAUACUGAUGCGGCUACGUAUGGUGUCUCUGCUGUGACCGCCAUGCUGGUCCUCAAUGUCAUCCACGGGAUUCCCUUCGUCGACACGAAGCGUUUGUCUCCCAAGGAUGAAGCUAUAUUCAUUUACUCCGGGUCAACCAGCGUAGGCUUAUACAAAUCCAACUGGCAAAAGCAGCUGGUGAAACAAUACGGUGCCGAUGCUGUCUUUGACUACAAUUCACCCUCCGUUGCAGAAGACAUUAUUAAAGAGUAUCCCAAGAUCACAAAAGCGGUGGAUUGCUUUUCCGAAGGCAAAUCAACGUCCGUUUGCGCCGAUGUGCUCGAGCCCAAUGGCGGCAAGGUGGUUACACUAUUGCCCAACGGCAAGUCCAGUACUCCUGGCGUGACCUACGAUCUUGUCAUGUCGUAUACAGCUAUGGGCCACGCUUUUCAGUGGCUACCGCCAAUUGGACCCAAGUUUGAAGCCAGGCCACAGGAUCGUGCCGCCCUUGUUCGCUUCUACGAGACACUACCGCAAAUUACGCACAUCCUGAAACCUAUCCCGACUAUUGAGCUGAAGAGUGGGUUCGAUGGUAUAUUUGAGGGGCUUGAUAAAUUGCGGGCGGGUCAGGUAGCAGGAGGCAAGUUGGUUGUUCGGUCUAACGCAGAGGAGCAACAGAUGGCGAUUGAAGCUCUAGCAGUUAUCUUGGAUGAUAUCCUCCGUCGUAUUGAACUCUCCGUUAAAACGUUUAUAUUUUACACUUGA